AAAAAGAUAACUUCAUGUUGUAAUACAGCUGAGUGCCAGCUGAUUUGACGGAUAGAAAAUUAAUAGAAACGAAAAGUCAAUAUUUCUCAUUUAAAAGGCAGGAGUGUUCUUUGUUAAAGAUACGAAAAUCAGUAAAACGUUUAUUAGUUUUGUCAAGUGAAACUAUUGAAUGUAAUUAAAUAUUUUGACAGAAUGGCUGUGCAAAACAUUGCAGUAAAACUUUGCGGUGUCUUGCAAGCACAAACACAAAAAGAGGUAACAGCACGAGAAUGGCGUCUCCUUGGACAAGAGCAAGACGGCUCUCAACUACUAUCCUGGAUCUCAGCAAAGGAAGAUCAAGAAAUACUUAACAUUGGUGUAUACACCAACAAAACCAAAACAUUAUCGACUCUUCAUACUUUUGAUGAAAAAUUGAACAUUGUCCAAGCAUCUGUGAAUGCCACUCAUAGUCUCUUAGUAUAUGUUGUCAAAGUCCUGCCGAAUGAAGAAAAUGAUGCUAAAGAUCCAGUGUAUUGUCCAUAUUUGAUAUGCUUGCUACCAGACCAAGAUAGAACUCCUGUACCGAUAGAAGAUGGAUCUACGAAACAGAUAAUGGUCCAAUAUGUUUAUGGAAAGAGCAACAAGUACAGUCCUGGGAUUAGAAAUGAUCGCUUUUUACUGCUCAAGCAUUUGGAAUAUAUAAAAAUUUACCGCACCCCAAUGUUUCUGAAUGAAUGCGACGACGGUUCCGAGAAGUGGGGGUUCGACGGCAUCUACACAGAACCCGAGACCAUUGUCAAGGUGUUCUCUUGGGCGCAGUGGGAUUGUGCCAAUCAGGUCCUACACUACAUCCACCAUCGAGCCCCCACUCAAAGCUUCGCGGAGGGGGAGGAAGUCAAGUCCCCGACUGAGAUGACGCCCACACUGUCCGCAUUUCAGUUCCACGCAGAUCUUCCACACGAGACUGUGCUAAACAUCCCAUUGAACCUCCCUCACGUGCCGAGUUCGAGCGAGGGGGCGGCUUGCGGUGCAUACGAAGAUGAUCCCGUUCCAUUGCGCAUUCACGACUGCAGUCUGGACUUGCAGAUCGUGUGCGACCAGCGAGGGAUACUGUGCAUCUGCCAUCACUAUCUUUAUAAACCUCUAGACGACUCCACGACGUCCCUCGUACUGGAAGACAGCGCGGAUUUAAAGGACUCUGGCGUAAACUUCGCGUACUCUAUAACGCUGCUCCAACACGGGUGCGUGGUGCAUUGCGUCGUACCCGACCUGCCUUGGAUACGAGCCAAGUCUCUUAGACCAUCGUAUGUGCUCUAUGAAGACAACCACCUUCUCGUUACCAUACCAAUGCUGUUCACCCACCUUAUCGACAUCAGCCUAUCCCACGAGCCGUGUUGCCACAUCGUCCUACCCAUGGAAGAGUCUGACAGUGGACCCAGCCUUGCCCCACUGCUGGGUUGGGGACCCCACGUUAUGGUCGACUUGAACACAUUAGAUGUUAUUACUAUGAGCGUAGCUGAGAAGGAUUUGGCAGCCACGUUCAAGAGUCAGUCGGUCGUGGAGAAUAAGUUAGCUAUAAUGCAUUAUUUGAUACAGCAUGAAGGGAAUAUUGAGUUGGCGGAAGAGCUGAUAUCAUGGAUGUGCGUCAACCAACGCGACGGCAUCGGCGCAUUGCAACGCGUCAUGCAGGAGUACCUAGUGGGCACCACGUACGCUCUGACGCGACGUGCGUUACCGGCCUCCGCUGUCGGCUUGAUGAUGAUGUUGCCGUUCACUUUGCAUCUCAAGUUUGCUGAUGUCAAGGUCCGCGACAUGUGCGUCUCUGUGUCCCAAGAGAAGCUGUGGAACAGCGCGGCCGUGGUACUCUCGCCGCGCCAGCGCGUGUGCCAGUUCGCCGAGGACGCGUGGACGCGGCUGUGGGCGGCGCUCAGCGGCGCGCGGCCGGCGCGGCUGCGGCCCGCAGCCGUGCUCGACAAGCUGAGGGUCAGCCUGCACUGCUACCAGCCGGAAGCCCUGUCACGAUGCAGUACCCCGAUGUCUCCGAUAGCGCCGGGCGGUCAGAUUGGAGCACCCCAGCGUCGCUCGUCGCUGGUACAGCAUGACAUGUUGCCGUUCUUCGAGGUCGACGUCUGUACUGCCAGCAAGCAGGAACACGUCAUUGCAGCAAAUCUCCGCGAAGUGAGUGUCCACCUAAUGAAGUCAAGCGGCGACAAAAAAGUGGGUACCGGGGCCACUGGCAACUCUGGGGGCCUCGAGAGUGGAGUCCACGCUUUAGCCACACGGUGGGCCGCGGCUCAACUCGACGCGUCACGUGCCCUUUGCCGUGCAGUCACGCGGGCAAUGGCCGCCACGCCGACACACAACCAGCAAAGAGGAUUCACCUUCAUCGACGAAAUGGAUCCGACACACGCGUUCCUGCUCUUCAAAGUGCUAGAACAGUACUACCUCUCUGCUGAAUCUAUCGCGUUCCCGCUUCCCGCGGGCUUCACUUCGUUCUUCACGUAUCUGGGAUACCGCGCGUUGCCGUUCCAUGCGUUCGUUCAAUACGUGCAUAGGAACGUGUUUGAAUUGCAAAUUGACGUUAUGAAAGCCAUUAUAGCGGUAAAAGACGAGGACAGCAAACGGUCAGUGAACGAGAAACUGCGGCUCAUACAACUGGCGGGUGAGGGCCGCGCGCGCCGCGCUCUGUGCGCGUGGCCGCACAGAGCGGCGCUGGCGCUGCGCGCGCGCGAGCACGCCGCCGCGCUGCUCAGUGGCGGCGCCGCGCGCCGGGACGGCCGCCUGGAGCACCGCCCCGUCAGGGACACCGGUAUAGCAGCCCUCCCGUCAGGCUCCCGCCUGUCUCCGCUGGACACAUUCCUGGCGCUGCUGACGGCCAAGGCGAGCCUCAACGAGCUGGACUUCAACCUCAUCAUAGAAGCCACGCUCGCGUCACUACAACAAGACGACCCGGUCCCAGUCUAAACCUCACAACGGGGAAUUCGUUGCCAAGAAACUCCAUGAGACUGUGGCGUCAUCACUGACGUCACACGCCAUCUGCCAAUCAUAACGAAGAAAAUGACGCGCUCAGCCAAUAGCAGCGAAGAUUCCAAAAUCGCGAUUAUAAAGAUUUCCGGAUUGCAGCAUAUAUACAACCUCCGACUUAACGUUGUCUAUCGCGCGAUUACCCAUCACACCUAGCCGGAAGAUCUUCCCUUUGGUGGCGGUCGAGCCGAAUCAUAGCUCCCGCCACAAGACACUUAAACUUUUCGCUCCGUUUUAAUGUUGUUUAAAUUGAUGAUUAUCCUAAACUUUGUUCAGAAAAUACUUAAUUUGGAUUAGGUACUAUUAUAAAAGUUGUAGUCUGGUAGUUGUAAAUAGCAAGCACGCAAGACGUAAUAGCAAGACUUGGGAAUAUAAAAAGAAAUUAUAGUACAAUGUGUACAAUACUCUUUUAACAUCGCUUUUUCUUUCUGUUGUAAACGGGGAAUUGUCGGAUAAUUCUUAGAAUAUUAACCCUAGUAGCUGUUGUUAGAUUAUACUUGUGGAGUAAGUAUUAUACUUUUAUAGUAUCAUUCCAUUAUUGUUUAAAUUGUGAUGUUUGGUACCAAAGAGAAAGCACAAAAAUUGUUUAUGGUAUUUUUUUUUUAUUGUGUGCAAUAUUUGUUGGUGCAAUCUUACGUUUCUAAGUCAGCAAUAGUAAUAAAUACUAUAAAAAUUA